AUGUCAAAUACUGGAGACGCAGACAGAGACCAAGAAGAAGAAACGGAAGAUGUAAGUGCAAAAACACAAAGUGAAGUAGGACAAAUUUCCAAGCAGGAAGAAAAUGGUGGAGACCAAGUGGCAGAUUUAAAAGGAGAGGACUGUAACGAUGAAGAAGAGGAUGAGGAGACAGAACAGCCCAAAGAUCAAUCAGAGAAAAAUCCUGACAAAGUUGAAGUCAAAAAGCAGCCUGAGGUCCUAAAUUUAAACAACGAGGUGGUCAAUAUGAGAAAAGAGGUGAAGAGAGUUAGGGCACUGCUAAGCAGAAAGAUCAUUCGUCAGAUUACUGCACUGAAGAAAAAGAAGGGGAAGGAGGCACACAUCGAGAAGAAUCAGAGGAGGGUCGCCAGAUUACUGGAGGAGAUCCAAGCAAUGAAACUACUUCGACCCGACGUUGUCACCAAGACAGCCUUGCAGAAGAGUUUCAACUUUAACGAGGUGUGCAAGAACCCAAAAUCGACCAUGUCGGACCGAGCCGUAGCACGCAUCGCCUCCCAUCCCCAGUUCAGGAAAAAGAUAGAGGCCAUCCAGGCUGCUGUGGAGGCUUUUUGUGAAGAGAGGAGAAAGGGUGGGAAGCAGGGAGAACGAAAGGUGAAAAAUGAACGUGGAAAGUCUGUGAAUUCACUGGAUAAUAAGACUAAAAAUGUAGCAGAAAUGGAGAAGGUAGAAAAGAUUUCUGAAGAACUGACUAACGGUGACAGUAUUGCAAAAGAUGAAACUACUCUUACUGAACCUGACGAGAACAAGAUGGAAUCUACCCGAGCUGCUCCUGCUGAUGAAAAGAAGUUAACAGUGGAGACUAAAAGUGUCAAACCAGCAUCAGUCAAAAAGAGUGAGUCAAAAGAACGGGUAAGAAAGAAACAAAAAGCUAAGGCUCAGAAAAAUAGACCAAAGGUUGCUCGCAAGCUCACAAAAAAACAAGAGAGUGAUUUAGAACUCUCAGAUGAGGACAAACCGUAUUAUGAUGACAGUACUGAGGAACGAUUCCACGAGCACUCAUCCCAGGAGGAGACUGACAGCGAUAAUGACUUUUUUGUGGGUAAAGUGAGCAAAUUUAAGAAAAAGAAGAAUAAAAACACAGACGAGGGGGACAAGAAUAAUCAGGAUUCAGCGGGAGAUUCAAAGACCGGCAACAGUGUUCAGAGUGAACUUGAUGAGCUUGAGUCACGGUUAAAGUCGAGAGCACCUAAACUUCGGAGUGUCUUCUGCUCUCUGUCUCAAGCAAAAUCUAGAGGUCAAAGGGGAAAGCCAAUCAGAGGUCAAGGGAAACCGACUGGCAGUGGCCGCACAGAAUUUCAUAAACACACAAAGUUCCAAAAGGAAGAGAAAGGACCAGUGGGACACAAGUACAACAGGCCUGACCCCAAACGUUCAGAUUCAGUGGGAGCAAAAUUCAGAGGCCGUGGCCGGGGUGAUGUUACAAGGCAGCAGGACCGUCGUGGUCCUUAUCAGGCACCACAACAAGCCCUGCAUCCAUCAUGGGAGGCCAGUAAGAAAAGAAAAGAGCAGCAAGGGCAAAUUGUGGCUUUCCAAGGAAAGAAGAUCAAGUUUGAUGAUGAUGACUGA